CUCUCCACCGGCUCUGACUCAAAAGAGGAAGAGUCAACAAACCAGAUUCACAGUCAGCCUGAAGAAACUCCCCGGAGCCGUGCUAACCUUCAUCACAGCUUGAUCUUAAGUCUUGACAUUAGUUUCAGAGCAAGUCUCGUUGUUGCUGUGAUUAAAAUCCAUCAUGGCCCUGCUGAGUCUGUGCCAAACAUCCCUCAUGGUUUUCCGGCAGAUCGAGCCGGUGAUUGUGCUCGAGCAGCUGGGCAGCACUCUCUUCGACACCGCUCUGCAGAUGGUGGUCAAGGACCGGACCGCAAACGCCACCUACCCUGACACCCAUCUCUCCAGGGAGGACAGCCAACAGAAAGCCAUGUCGGACUUUUUUAUGACUUUCAACCUCAUCAUCAGGUUGACUCCGAUUUUACCUGCACUGCUUCUGGCGAGGUUUGGCGACCGCGGCUGGAGGAAAGCCCCCAUCGUGGUGCCUCUUUGUGGAUACCUGGUGCCUAGGUUUGCGCUGCUGCUGCUAGUCAUCUUCCCGCUCCCACUGGAGCUGAUGUACGGUGCGGCGGCGCUUUUCGGGCUGACCGGGGGAUUCUGCGCCUACUGGCCGGGCGUUGUGACACUGGCGUCGCUUGGCUCCACGGCGGCUGACAGGUCCAAGGUUGGUGCUUUCUAUGGUGUAAGGGAAAGCAACGAAAUGUCUUAAAUUACUGUAUAAUUUCAUUGUCCAGAAACAACAAUAUUUAUUAUUCAGUGUAACCUACUGCCUUUAGGACUCUUGGGUCAAGUUUGCUCUCCAGAAAACUUUGGCUUCACUUUCCUUUGUCAUUUAUCCCAACCCAGUAUGAGCUCCUUUGACCUGCUCAAUCGUAUAUGAAGGAGAUUUUAGCAGGUGUGUGUGUAGAUGGUCCACAUAGUUUAAACAGGGGUGGCCCAUGAGCCAGUGGUAAAGUAAUAUAAUCUAUGGGUUUUGUAAAUACUGAUUUUAACUGGUUGCCAUUUUUCUGAUCAAAACAACAAUCCACUAGUAAAUGAGGUGGAUGCAGAGAAAAAGCUGUACUUUAAAACUGAAGUUGUUAGCGGUCCUGUAGCAUAGAAAGCAUCCUGUGUUGUUGAUAUCAUCUACACUGAAAUGUUUCCACUCAUGAAUAACAAACAUGUUAAGUAGAGCCUUUAGCCUCAUGUCCAAGUUUAAGUCAGACCAUAGAAUGGACACCGUCUGCCUCCUCGCUGGGUGAAUGUAAAGAGUUAAUGUAUCCCUGUGUUCAAUUCAGGUGAUGAUGAGAGUGGAGCUGCUGUAUGGUGCGGCAGGACUAGUGGGCAGCCUGGUGUCGGGUCAUCUCUUCCUGCUGUACAGCUCCAGUGUGGGAAACGGGACAGUCCUGCUCAGUCUGAGCACACUGAUUGGUCUUCUCUGCCUCUUAGAGUCCAUAUGCCUUCUACAGGUCAGUUCGUGUGAGAAGAUUAUGUAUUAAACUCACCAGUGUGAAAGUGUUUAAUGUCAACUAAAGAUGGUAUUCUGUUUCAUUGCUGUCAAAAGACCAUCGAACCAUUCAGCCAUAGAGUUUUAAUGGAUUCCCAUAAGGUACUGAAUUAGCAAUGUCCUAUUUUCUGAACCUCAUUUUUAGAGCUUUAUCUCCAAAUACUGUUUUAUAUGCAGGUGUUGAGGUACACUGGGUAGAGAUGGGAAUGCAGAGCAAAAUCUAAUAGUCAGGUUCUAGAUUGAAGUCCUCCCUCACUCACUCCUUCAGUGGGCUAAUAGUGGCCUAAAAAGACAAAGAGCUUUUGUGAUGCCUGAUGUGUACAAUCCUCUAUUCAUGAAGUUUUUACCGUCAAUACACAAGUUCAUUCAAUACAAGUAACAAAAUCUCUCUUUUCCUUCCUUGUCUUACAACAAAGCCGCACACUGAUUACAAAAUCACAAAUAUUGCUGGUUUGUAAAUUAUGUGCAAGAAAUAUGGUAGUGCAAGAUAGUACCCUCUGUAGAGGAGGACCCACUCCUCUGUAGGUAUAAAAGGUUAAACAGAAACAAAACAUUGUUGUGUUAAGGUGAUUUUACAUUAAUUCAAACUUACUUACUUUUACUGUACAAUGCCCCUUUAAAUGUGUCUGUUUUUUUAAAUUGAAGGUGAAACAAGACUGUACCAAUGAGGCAACAACCGAUGACAACUGCCAGCUCCUGUCUCCUGAAUCAAGUCAUGAGUCUGUCGAGGCUCCUGUUUCGAUAAACAAGGUAAACAUGGCCUUGCUGUUUAUGGCUGCUGUCCUGUACAUCUCUGCAGUGGGAGGAGCCAUAGAAAUACUGGGAGUCUUUGUACUGAAGGCGCCACUUAGUUGGACUGCCGCUCAGGUAACAUUUUGCCUUAUUUGUAUGAACAUGCUUUGGAUUGGUGAUCGAUAUCUUGCACCAGUAUUGGUACCUUUACAUGACUUGAUUCACUUACCCUCUCUGCCUCCAGGUGGGUUAUGGGAAUGCAGCAGGCUGCAUGAUAUUCCUCACCAGUUACCUCGGUGUUGUGGUGUUUCGUCGCUGCGUCAGUGAUGUGACGCUCAUCCUGAUCGGCAUGAUAUCAUUCGGCUCAGGAAUUUACUUCAUGUCCUUCGUCACGACCACCUAUUAUUUCUACCUGGGUAAGAAAAAGCAUCUUUGAUCAAGGCACAGUUUGUGGUGAAUAAAUGACUCAUGGAAAUUUAGAUUUAACACAUGACAUGGCAACAUAAGAUAUUUAUUUGUUGGAUAGAGAUAUGAUAGUAUCAACAUGGUAUCAGAUCCUCUCCCUAGAUGUAAGAAGCCGGAUCCAUAUGUUAUAUGUAGUAAUAAAUCACAUCAUGUGCCAAACACAGUUUUCUCCAGUCGUGUAUCCUUUGUUUGCUGCAGAAUAGCGGCGGCAAACAACCUCCUCCAAUGGAAUAAAAAGUUUCCAUGAUUUGGUAGUUCAACAGGCUUUUCUAUUUGUAUUACAUCAGGUUAAGUUACAGCAUGAGCAGCAACAUUUAAGUUUCAUUUUCAUUUACAAGGUGCAGAGUGUUCAUGUGAUGUUGGUUUUUGAGGCUUCUAUUUGAGCUGAGGUUAGAAUGUGGAACUAGAUUGGUGUCAUCUGAGCUCCGGCCUAACAGGAUUGAUUUUGUCUGAUGUUUCCUGAAAAUGUAUAGAGCAUAAUGAGGUAGUGAAAAGGAGCCACAGAUUGUAUUAUCUAUCUAUAGAUAUUUGGUCAUUGCUUAACAGUACAGUGUUAGUGACAAGCCUGCUAACAGAAGGGGACAUACAUGUGUCGGCAAUGUGUUUGUGCUAAUGUUUAAUAUUGUUUUUUUUUCUUUUUCUUUUUAAACAUAAUGUCAAUACUCUGAAGGCUUUAGAGAUAGGCUGAUUAAUUGGUAGGUUGAUUAUUGACAUUUUGACAUAAUUAAGCAUCAUACCAUCAUUAGUAUUCUUCAGUCGAAAAAUACAUUUUUAUCAUCACACAUUAACAUUAACAACAUAUCAAUUUACAAUAAAUCCAAAAAUACCUUGUGGUAACAUUUUACAAAGCCAAAUGUCAUUGCAGCCACAUUUAUUUUGUUAACAUGUUCACCAAAGCCUAGUAAUUUAGUUUUUCAUUGGUUGUUUUUUUAUUGUCAUGUUUUGUCAAAUGCAAAAUAAUAUUAAUAGUAAUAAUGAUUAUUUUAAGAUAUAAUUAUUUUUGAAAAACAGUGAUUUCAGCAUUAUAUAUAGACCAUCGGCCAACCUGCUUUCUCAUAGUCAGUAUCAGUAUUUGCUGUUGAAAAACCCUAAUUGGUCGACCACUCAAACAAACACUUAAAAUGCUGUUUUAUUGCAUUCACAAACUGUCAGGCAAGUUGUCCUUAACUGAUAACACAGAUCAUCAAUACACUGGCAUUAGCUUUAUAACUGUUUAAAUAAAAAAAAUGAUGUGCUAAAAGUAAGAAUACAGUGAUUAGUAUGCAGGAGUAGCAGCUAGCUAGCUAACCAGUUAUAGCAUCCCUCUAAAAGAUUGUCAAAUACUUUUCAAAGUGACGUUCAAAGAUUCAUUGUGAAUCCAAAAACAACAUAAGAGCGUAAGCCUCUUUAGCUAGUGCUAACGCACUGAACAUUCCUACAUUCCUACUGCUUUUCAUACAGUUGUAUACGUCAUUUCAAAAUAAAAGCAGGCUUUCAAAAUAAAGUAACAGGGAGGAAAGACAUUCAACAACAAUCAUUAAACAAUCAUUUUAUGAAGCGGUCUCCUCUCUUAGGAAGUAUCUGUUGAUGCAGAUAACUAGGAAUAGAUUAUGGUAUGUUGGUAAGCCAUUUGUGUUUAUUACUGAACUUUAUAUGUUGCUUCACUUUUGUCUUCCCCUCUUUAUGAUUUGAUUAUUAUUUUUCCCGGCAGCUCGCUCGCUCAACCUGUUCGCUCUCAUCCCAAUGCCAACUAUCAGGUCUCUGCUCUCACUGCAGGUUCCAGCAUCCUCAUGUGGUGAGUAUGCAACCUGUGUGUAUGUUACGAUGUAAAAAUUGAAACAAGAACAGACAACUACAGAGCUUUAAAAUGUCAACAUUUGUCUGAAUGAAUAAAAUAACUUAUCAUAUCACUUAUCCUCAUUAUAAACCUUACAAAUCAGUGAUGCCUGUGCUUUUAUUUUAACAAAAUUAUCAAAUAUCAGAGAGGAUAGCAACAUCGGAGUAUCCCAGAAAAAAGAGGAAGCAGUUAUCGAUGAUGACAUCCCAUUUCCUAAAAAUUUAAGUUUGCAGUCUAAAGGUCAAAGGCUGGGGAAAACAAAGCCUUACUGACCCCCUGACACAGCUUUUAUUAGUCUGUAAGUAAUGCAUAGUGCAUUUAAGGAGUUACUCGAAGAGAACGGGUGUGAAACAUGUAUGAAUAGAGAAUAGUAAUUAUUAUAGAAGAGGAGCAGGAAAAGAUUGUAAAAACUAUCCAACACUGAAUCCACUGGAAUGUUUUCCAGAUAAUGUCCUGAUUUACUUCCUUUUAAACCCAUCAGGCGAAACUACAAGUACAAGUAGAAAAAAAAGGAGAUCUGUUUUGGGAUGGGUUUGCUUGUCACUGCUCAAUCAUGAGGAAGAUAUCAGUGUAAGAUAAGGAAACAUGCCAAGAUAUAAACGGGAAGUUUCAACUGUAAUAUAUUAUGUUAUAACCUCUGAGUCAGAUAUGUGGACUUGGAAGAGUAGUGUGUACUGUGCCGGUGGUGUCAGGUCUGCUGGGAAAGAGGAUGUAUUAUUGAAUUCUUUGUCGCUGGCUGGACACACCCAGGGACACACAUACGUAUACUCUAGAACUGAGUUCAUUAAUGAUCAGAGAGGAAGAGUUAUUCAUUGUCAGGGUUUCAAGAACAAGUGGACUGCAAGUGUACAUAGGCUACCCCAAACUUGUCCCUCUCAUGCAUACACAUACAGUAAAUUAAUGAAAACUUAAAGUGGAGAGUUAAAAUAAAAAUCUUGCUGACUUCAUUUGUUCCUCUCAGUAUUUUAAACAUUGGAACCUAUGGGAUUUCAAAUGUUAAAUCUCGUAGGUUGGUAAUAGUUGUAUCUUUUCCCUGGUUUCUUAUUGUUAUUGCCUGCAGGAGCAUAAAUAAAUGCUCAGAUAUUGUUUUUUUUAUCGAUGAACUUCUUAGAGAGAGAAAACUGUUUCUCUAAGUCCAGGAUAAAUGAGAGUGUUUCUUCCCUAACCUUUCCUCUCUCCUCCUCCUCCUCAUCAGGCACCACCCUCACCGUCCUGCAGCUGGCUCUGAAAUUUGCCGGUCUGGCGUACAUUCCUGGUUUUACUAAACUCUAUCAGGCGACCCUGAACUGGUUCCCAGGCUUUGUCUUUCUACUGGCCAGCGUCUUUACAGUCCUGGGAAUGAUACCCAUCAGGUAAGGUGUUCCUGUUACUUAAAGUGAGAAUAUUUGUGUAGAGUUUUUCUCUUUUUACUUUUAAUCAAAGUGUAAUUAGCCUAGCUUAUCUGUAAGACAAACACUGAUUUACACCUUUUUGAAACAAAUAAAAAAAAUAACAGUGGUCUAAUAAAAGCAAACACCACUAUAAUCUUCAAUCUGCUCAUUAUUCCUGGAUUUAAAACUCAUAUAUAGUUUUACACACCACUUUUUUUUUAACUUUUCAUCUUAUUAGAUUUUUCAAACAGUUCUACAACCACAACCUUUUUUGACUAUUUUUAAAAUCUGGUUUGGAUUAAAAAAACUUAAAUUUUAUCUGAACUCACAAGAGAAAAAAAGUUUAAUUUACUGUAAAAUUGUCUCUUCAUUGUCAUAAUCAUUGUUUACAAAUCCUGAAUGACACAUUUAUGCUAGUUUAUCCACUGACUGUACAUUAACUUCUGUCUCUCUCUAGUAUAUUCGGCUGUAGAUCACCCCAGAGGCGACAGACUGUGAGGAUUCAGGGAGACUGAUGGAACCGGCCUCAGCAGAAUUUCUAAGUGGGUGUUUGUAAGAGACAGACUGAAGUGAAAAAUGAGAAAAUGAAAAUUGCACCCUCAUUUUCACUUUGUACGAUGUCAUCUGGAAAAAAAAAAGGAAUUGGACCCUUUCAGACUUUGGUUUUAACCGGAGAACCAGACAACAAGUUUGACGUUACAUAAGCAUUUUGUUUUGGAAAGACGUAUUCUGAUGAUUUUAAAUGAGAUGGAUUCAGGUUUAGAGUUUGGUCUAAAGUUUUGAGCUGUUGAACUUUGGUGAGUAACCCCUGGCAUUUGUCUGAACUUCUGCAAAACAACUGAAGUCAUAUUACAACAGCACCCCCGAGCUGAUUUCAACACAACACGCAGUAGAUUCGUCAUUACAUGUGUCAGACACAAAAAGUUUCUUAAGAACCGAUGUUAGACUCAAGUUUGAAAUAACUAAAAUCAAUAAUUAUAAUGUACACUGUUAAAAUUAGAAAUAAGGAAAAAGAUUGCAGUAUCAAAUUACUUUUUAGACGUAAAUAUCAAAAGUAUUUCCAUUACAACACCUUGUCUUGGGGUUGGAGAGUUCAGACUUUAGGGCUUUUAUUUUUAGGGGUACAUCCUUAUUUGUAAUUUAUUUCUUUUCCGCUGGAUCUUUUUUGUUGUUCUUAUUUUGUAAGGAUGUUUUCUUCAGGUCUGUUUUCCAUGACUCUAUAUUUACUCGCUGCUUUUCACACAUCAGCAGAAACAAAAACACUGAGCGUUACAUAUUAAUGAUUUGUACAUACUUUGAUUAUGAUGAAAGCACUUUAUAGUACCCUGGACUUAAGUGUAAAUGACAUACUGAUGGAUUAACCUGCAGCAGGUUAAGCAAACAGGUUAUAAGAAAAAGACCGGAUUUCUGUUUUUUUGUGUGUUCAUUACAUUAUUCUCUGGUUGUUAUUUCCUCUCCUAAAGUUGUGUCUAGUUUAAAUCUUACUCUUAUUUUCUUACUUCUGCAUUUUAAAACGCAGCAUUUACAGAAAGCAACAGACUGCUUCCCCUAAUGUUACAGCAUUAAGCAUCUGAUACCACAGAUAAACUAAGACUAAAAGGUGGUUUGUAAUGAUUCUCUAGAUCUUUUUUUUUUCCUUUUAUUUUCCACACCUUUAUCCGGACCUUGAAGGCUGAAAUGAAGUUUACUAAAAGCAGAUUUACUUAAUUCCUACAAUGAAUUGAAAUGAAAAUGAAAAAUGAAUUUAUGGUGAACACAGGGACUUGUGCUUUCACAAGAAGGAUUAGCACUUAGUGAAGAAACCUGUCUCAUUACUCCCUCUACUGAUAUGUUUUUUAACCUACUACAUGGUUCCUAAUUGACUCACGGACUGAGAAAGAUGGAAAAGAUGGGCUAGAGAUGCUCAUCAGUUAGCCCUAGCAGCCCAGAGUUACAUCCUUCUAUGCCAGGUGUCACCAUCUAACAUAUUCACAAGUCCAUGAAUCUAAGCUCCAUACCUGCAGGCUCUAGGUAAAUAAAUGGUAAAUGGACUUUGUUUUUAAGGCACUGUCUUCUGGCCACUCUGUGCUUUUUCAUCACAUUCAUCCAUUCACACCAUAUCCACACACUGAUGGCAGAGGCUGCUAUUUAAAGCACCAUUAGUUUUGACUAAUCCCAUUCACACACCACUGGGCACAGCCAGUGGGGUUAGGUGGGGUCUAGUAUUUUGCCCAAGGACACUUUGGCAUGUGGACAGCCCUGGGAUCAAAUCCCUGACAGUACUUUGUUGCAAAAGAGAGGGACAAAAAUCUGUCUUUAGUGACAGACACAUGUAGACUCAUGUUCCAGGAAGUAAACGUCAGAAAAAUGAUAAACGUUGGUUUAAAAACUUGUACAAUGGUACCAAAGAAGACAUGAGACAGCAAUUUUUGACAUUUACUGAUUUUGUUUAUGAUUCAGUUUGCUGAAAAAAUGUAGACAUAUUUAUAUACUUGAGUAUGGUACACAUCAGGGUCACUUUUUUUAAUGGUAGCAUGUUCAGUCAUUUGGAGUUGCUUUCAGUUUUAAAGCACUUUGAACAGUUUUGACUUUUCUGAAUGAUGUUAUGGUGAAAUAUGUGACAGUCUGCUUGAAUGAUUGUUUGAUUGAUAGAGAUGUUGCCUGUAUAUGAAACUGUAGCAAAGACAUAAAACAUAAAUAUUUAAGGAUUAUUUUAUUUCUUAAAUAAUUAUACAUGUAGUCCUCACAGCACUGUCCUUGUCAUUUUGCUUUAUGGCAGAAAAAUGGAAGAAAAUGCAGGCUGCAUUAUUUUGAAGGUGAGCAUUAUUGCACUUACAGUUUUUGAUACUUGAUCACAUUAUCAAGUAUUUUUUUCUCUGUAUGUAAAGGUGAAAAAAAUGGAACUACAUUUUUUUAAAAAGGGAAAAAAUAUACUACUGAGCUGCAAGUCAUGCAAAAGUCCUUGAUUAACUGUAAUAAGAUAUAUUUUUUUAAAUAUGAAACAUCACACUGUAAUAAAAUCACUUCAACUCUGAAACUAGAAGUUGGAUCACUUUAAACUUCUCUAUGAAAUUUUUGCAUUUAAAAAGACAUCAAAAAAGUUUUUAUACUCUUGUUGCUUCCGGUUUUGUUUGUAUGUAUCAUCAAAUAAAUGUUUGAAAUUGUGAUGCA